AUGAACAUCCACAUGAAUUCAACAGGAAGUAGUGAAGACCUGUCUUCAUUCAAUGCAUCCACGACCCCAACAACUCAGGACAGAAUUGAGUACAACUUCAUCCGAUGCAUCCUGCUCGUCAUAACGACCAUCCUACUUCUGACCCUCAACCCGCUGUGUCUUGUGGUCCUGAGGCAUGUCCGUAGCAUCCAGGAAACAACCAAGAUAUUCCUCAGAUCCAUGACGAUUGCCGAUCUCGGGGUGGGACUCUUCCGAGCUCUACCGAUGACUGUACUUGCAAUUUCCGAGACUGAGCAUAUUGGCGAGGCAUUUUGCAAAGUGCUGUCAUUUACCGACAGCAUAUUAAUCUACAGUCCCCAGACGUCACUCCUGCUGCUGACUGUGGACCGCUACAUUUCGGUGGUGUACGUGUUGCGCUACCCAUCUCUUUUGGCUUAA